AUGGGGUUUAAUUCUGGAAACAGAUUAUUGCUAUUACUUCUAUCCAUUUCUCUAACAAUCUCCUUCACCAUCACCUCCGGUGAUCGACGAUACUUCAUAAGAAACUUUUGUUCGGAAAGUGGGAACUAUACCCUUGACAGUCCAUUCAGGAAAAACCUCAAGCUUGCCCUCUCCAACCUCCCAUCAAACACCAGUUCCAACUACGGCUACUACAAUGUCUCAGUUGGCCAGGCGUCUGAUAAAGUCUAUGCAAUCUCUUAUUGUAGAGGAGAUGUAUCCCCGGAUACCUGCAAGAGCUGUGUUGAUGACUCUAUUCAAGAGAUCUUCCAGUGCUGUCCCAAUCAGAUCGAGGCCCUUGGAUUCUACGACUAUUGCUUGCUACGGUACUCAAAUCGCAGCAUGUUUGGCCUCCUGGAGACUCUGCCGAGUUUUAAUUGGACCUCAAAGAUAGUUGUCAACAUCACGUAUCAGUUUAAACAAGAACCAGAGAAUUUGUUGAAUCUUUUGAGAGAGGACAUCGACAGUGGGAGAAACUUCACAGUUUCAUACUGGGAAUCGUUGGAGGACUUCUUUAUCUGCACAGGGAUUUCGGAACUUGCAUAA